AUGACUAUGAGGGAAUAUGAAGCUGAGUUUAAUCGCCUUAAGAGGUAUGGGGGACAUGAAAUGGAGGAAGAGCAGGUUCAGGUUUGCCGAUUCCUACGAGGGGUGAGGAUUGAUUUUCGCAACCUUUGCAUGAUUCGUAACAAUGCGACCCUUUCCAAACUUGUGGAAAAGGCGGCGAUGCUAGAAGAUGAUCUUGCAGAGGAAGCAAAGAUGGUGGUUAAGCUGGUGUUGACCCCGACGGUACCACAAGGAAACCGAGUGUGCUCCACUUGUAAGAAAGUUCACUCUGGUACAUGCAGACUCCUUACCGAGGAGUGUCUUCGAUGUGGUAGUAGGGACCACAAGAUAACUGACUGUCCGGAGAGGGAGAGAGUGGCGGACACGCGAGUGUGUUACAAUUGCGGUGAUCCUGGUCACUUAAGGCUGAACUGUCUGAAGCUUGGGCAGCAAACUGGGAAAUGGGCAAAUGAGACGCUGCCAUUACCACCUCCACCGAAGAGGCAAGCUAUAAUUUCAAGGGUUUAUUCCAUCUCCGAGGAGUCUAUUGAGCCAAGCACUUCUCGUCCGAUCAAUGUUCUUAGCAUCCUAGGUGAAUGUGUAGGGACCAUAAUCAUGGAUGGUGUGGAAACCCAUGUCUUGUUCGACUCUGGUGCAUCAAAUUGUUUUGUAUGCCCGGAGAUGAUCGGAAAAGCGGACUUGAAGAUUUACCGAGUGAAAGCUCACAAUGUUAUCUUAGGAAUGGAUUGUCUCGGCAAAUAUAUGGCGUACUUGGACUGCCACCGAGGGAGAGUUCUCUUCGAGACUGCUAAGGGAAUGCUGGUGUAUCGAAGGAUUCAACCAGUAUCGGGAAGCUUGAUUGUCACGGCAAUUCAAGCGGAGCAAAUGAUUGAGAAGGGCUACAAAGCGUAUUUGGUUUCGAUCACUACAGUUGAAGUUGGUUCGGAUGCUGAACUCAAGGACAUUCCGGCGGUACGGGAAUUUAAGGAUGUAUUCAGAGCAUUGAAUGGAUUACCACCAGCGAGUUCAGAUCCAUUUACCAUCGAGUUGGAACUAGGGACAGCACCUAUCUCUAAGGCUCCUUAUCGGAUGGCACCGGCUGAGAUGGCCGAAUUGAAAAAGCAACUAAGUGAGCUGAUGGAGAAAGGAUUUGUAUGA